AUGCCGUCAACUUUUCAUACUUUGGAACGGGAGCGCAUGUUCCGAGAGCCCUCGGACAGCAGCUUUGGCGUUCCACAGCUGCAAGAGGUUGCCCUGCCCCACAUUGAAUCAUUCAACAGCAUUACCGAUUUUGGCGGCACUGGCGAAGGUCUCCUCAACUAUGCUAUCAAAGACAUUGGCAAAGUCUCGGCGUUCGACACCAACCUCACCGGCUUUGGCGAAGUAUCUGACCCCGAGUCGUUGGGCAAUAAGCUGACGUACUGGGUGGAAGAUCCAAAGAUCAUUCAACCCAUUGUGAGCGACAAAGACACUCGAUCGACGAAUAGAUUGAUCUAUCCCACCGAAGCCCGUGAGCGAUUAAAAACCUACAGUGGUAAAUUCCAAGUCAAAUUCUGCUGGCGAGUCAACGACGGUCCUGUCUCGUCCGAAGUCAAGGAUAUGGGUUUGAUUCCCAUCAUGGUUCGCUCCAACCGCUGCAAUCUCCGUGGAAUGUAUCCGAAGCAACUCGUUAAGCACCACGAAGAAUCCGAAGAAAUGGGCGGUUACUUUAUUGUGAACGGUAUCGAAAAACUUGUCCGUCUACUUAUUAUGCCCCGACGCAACCACGUUACUGCCAUUAUGCGUAACUCGUUCCAAAAGCGUGGUCCUACUUAUUCACAGUAUGGUGUUGCUAUCCGUUGUGCCCGCCCCGAUCAGUCGACGCAGACCAACACGCUCCACUACUUGAACGACGGUAAUGCCAUGCUUCGUUUCCACUGGCGUAAGCAGGAAUACAUGGUGCCUGUCAUGCUUUUCCUCAAGGCGUUGGUCGAUACUUCUGAUAAGGAGAUUUUCGAUGCCUUGUGCCAGGGCGAUGUCAAGAACACCUUUUUGACUGAUCGUGUCGAAUUGCUUUUGCGUAGCUUUAAGGUUUACUCAUUGUACACCCGCGAUGCAUGCUUGAGCUAUCUCGGUAACAAGUUCCGCAUUAUCAUGGGAUUGGAUGAUGAUUUAUCGGACAAGGAAGUGGGUCAGGCACUUUUGGAUAAGAUCGUCCUUGUCCAUUUGAAGAAUGGCCGUGAUAAAUUCAACUUGUUAAUCUACAUGAUCCGUAAGCUGUAUGCUGUGGUAUCGGGCGAAUGCUGUGUUGACAAUCCGGAUUCUCCUCAGCACCAAGAAAUUCUCUUGCCUGGUCAUUUGUACAAUAUGAUUUUGAAGGAAAAGAUUUACGAUUGGCUUGCUGGUAUCAAGGCUCAAAUCCGUACCUCCGUCAGACUGUCUCCUGAAAAAGUUGACUUCCAUGACAGAAAAUUCGUUUUGAACACUAUCAGAAAGGUGAAUUCGGAUAUGGGUCAAAAACUCAACUAUUUCCUUGCUACUGGUAAUCUUGUCAGUAAGACGGGUCUGGAUUUGUCGCAGAUGAGUGGCUACACCAUCGUCGCCGAGAAGCUCAACUUUUACCGUUACAUUUCUCACUUCCGGUGUGUCCAUCGUGGUGCUUUCUUUGCUGAAUUAAAAACAACUGCUGUCCGUAAACUGCUUCCCGAAGCUUGGGGUUUCUUGUGUCCUGUCCACACACCUGAUGGUUCUCCAUGUGGUUUGCUCAACCAUUUGGCACACAAGUGUAAGGUUAUCAACGAGCCUCUUGACGUCGAGAAUCUGCCUGCUUUGCUCGGUGCAUUGGGUGUUUCACAGCCUCUUCUUCACUCGAUUGGCCGGCCUGGCGAUAUUGCUAUUUUGCUCGACGGUCGUGUCGUUGGCUGGUGUACACCAAAAACUGCUGAAAAGGUCGCCAAGAGCCUCAAGUUCUGGCGUGUUAACCGCGAAAAGGACAUCCCUCACGACAUUGAAAUUGCUCAUGUCCCAACGUCCUAUGGUGGCGAAUAUCCCGGUCUUUACAUCUUCUCAUCCCCUGCACGUAUGAUGCGUCCUAUCAAGUUCCUUGCCAACGGUAAAGAAGAUCGUGUCGGUACCUUCGAGCAGGUUUACAUGGAUAUUGCAUGCAUGGAUGAUGAAGUUGUGCCUGGUGUCACGACUCAUCAAGAAUUCACACCGACCAACAUUUUCAGCAUUGUCGCCAACAUGACCCCCUUCUCUGACUUUAACCAGUCGCCUAGAAACAUGUACCAGUGUCAGAUGGGUAAACAAACCAUGGGUACACCUUCUACAGUCUUCAACCACAGAACUGAUAACAAGAUGUACCGCUUGCAAACCGGCCAAACUCCAGUCGUUCGACCCACAUUACACGAUUCUUAUGGUUUUGAUGGUUUUCCUAACGGCACAAAUGCCAUUGUUGCCGUCAUCUCUUACACGGGUUAUGAUAUGGAAGACGCCAUGAUUCUCAACAAGUCAGCACACGAACGUGGCUUUGGUUAUGGUACAGUCUACAAAUCCGAAAUCGUCGAUCUGGAAACAAUGCGAAGCCCUGGUGAAGCUGUAUCCUACCACUUUGGUCUCGAUCGAUCCAAAUCCAAGUUUUGCAAAGAUUACCUCGGCACAGACGGUUUACCACACAUUGGCGCACACCUUAAAGCAGACGAUCCGCUUUACUCAUACAUUGACGACGCAACUGGCCGUUGUCUUGUCAAGAAAUACAAGGGUCCUGAAGACGCAUAUGUCGACGAAGUACGUGUCCUCGGCGACGACCUCGGCAACUCUGAAUUACAAAAAGUACACAUCAAGCUUCGCAUCACCCGUUCCCCUGUCAUUGGUGACAAGUUCUCCUCCAGACACGGUCAAAAGGGUGUUUGCUCGCAGAAAUGGCCUGCAGUCGAUAUGCCUUUCACAGAAUCUGGCAUGCAGCCUGAUGUCAUCAUUAACCCUCACGCUUUCCCCUCUCGUAUGACCAUCGGUAUGUUUGUCGAGAGUUUGGCAGGCAAGGCUGGUGCUUUGCAUGGUAUGUCGCAAGACAGUACUCCUUUCAAGUUCAAUGAACAACACACAGCAGCAGACCACUUUGGUGAGCAGUUAUUAGCGGCUGGCUACAGUUACCAUGGCAACGAGCCAAUGUACUCCGGUAUCACUGGCACAGAAAUGAAGAUGGAUAUCUAUAUUGGUGUUGUAUACUACCAGCGUCUCAGACACAUGGUAAACGACAAGUUCCAGGUCCGUACUACGGGUCCAGUACACAACCUGACCAUGCAACCUGUCAAGGGUCGUAAGCGCCACGGUGGUAUUCGUCUUGGUGAAAUGGAGCGUGACUCUUUACUUGCUCACGGCACCAGUUUCUUGCUUCAAGAUCGCCUAAUGAACUGUUCCGAUUACUCACAGGCCCAUGUUUGUCGACUAUGUGGCUCGCUGGUGUCACCGAUCUGCACCAAGAUUGUAUCAACAUUGGCAAACAAACGUACGUUCGAAUGUCGGACGUGCGGCACCGCAGAGGGCAUUGAACUGGUAGCAAUCCCAUAUGUAUUUAGAUACCUCACGACCGAGCUGAUGAGUUUGGGUAUCCGACUCACUCUUGGUGUGAAGCCAUAA